AUCGCGAACAGGUAUCAAAGCAUGUUGAAUAGUGUGUUGCUGUCAAGUUCAAGAAUUUACAAUUCGUUUCUUUUUAAAGAAGUUAUAUUUUUUUAUAAGAGUAGCCGUUACCUACAUUAGAAUUAUUGUGAACAACUAACAUAAUUUCAAAUGGUCUUAAAUUUUAUGCUGAAUAUUAUUGGAUUUUUCAUCAAUUGAAAUAUUAUUAACAUAAAAUGGCUGAUUGUCAAGAUACCGAGAAGGCUGAAGAUUCUAUGAAACAUUAUAAAUUCGAUGGCCAGUCUUAUAUAUAUAAAGAUCCUACGACUAAUGUUACAUAUAGAUUUGACCGAGAUAAGAACGAAUGGAUGGUAAAAGAUACAGAAGAAACAAAGACAAAAGAUUCUGAUGACAGUGAAGUAAAGACACAAGAAGGAGUAUUUGGCUUUGAAAAUGAUACUCAUACAUAUACAGAUCCUAAUGACGGCAGCGUGUACUUUUGGGACAAGGAAAAAAAUGCCUGGUUCCCAAAGGUGGAUGAAGAUUUCAUGGCAAGAUACCAAAUGAGUUAUGGGUUUACAGAUGCAAGUAAAGUAGAAACAAAUACCGUGCAACAAUCUCAAGCACAAGCAAAGAUUGAUAAAGAGAAAAAGAAGAUGGAAGCCAAAAGAAAAGCACAAGAGCCGCCAACCUGGUUCGAAGUAGAUGAAGCCCAUAAUACUGCUAUUUACGUAUCUGGCCUACCAUUAGAUAUUACCAUGGAUGAACUCACAGAGCUUUUCAACAAAUGUGGUCUUAUAGCACGAGAUGAAAAGGGAAAGGACAAGAUCAAGUUAUAUAAGGAUACAAAUGGUCAACCAAAGGGUGAUGCUCUCUGUAUCUACAUAAAGGUCGAAUCGGUGGAUUUGGCGUUAAAGAUCUUGGAUAAGUCUCAAAUCAGGGGUAAAACGUUGUCUGUUCAGAGGGCAAAGUUUCAAAUGAAGGGAGACGCGUACGAUCCAGCCUUGAAACCGAAACGGAAAAAAAAGGAUAAGGAGCGACAGAAAAAGUUGCAAGAUAAAUUGUUUGAUUGGAGACCUGAACGUGUGUUGGGUGAACCGCUGAAGCACGAAAGGGUGGUAGUUAUAAAAAACUUGUUUUCUCCGGAAGACUUCGAUCAAGAAGUGUCGUUACUGCUGGAGUAUCAACAGGAUAUUAGGUCCGAGUGCCUAAAAUGCGGCGACGUCCGGAAAGUUGUCAUUUACGAUAGACAUCCAGAAGGUGUUGCCCAGGUAACAUUUCGAGAACCAGCAGAAGCACAGGCUUGUAUUCAAUUAUUGAACGGUCGUUGGUUCAGUCAGAGGAAGAUAUCGGCAGAAAUCUGGGAUGGCAAGACGAAAUACAAGGUUACGGAAACCGACGCGGAAGUGGAAGCUAGAAUCGCCAAAUGGGAUAAGUAUUUGGAGGAUGGCGAGGCAGAGAAACGACAGGAAGCCGCGGACAAUGAGAAUAGAAAGGAGCAGAAAGGAGAGGAAAGGUCGGUGGUUCCAGAGGAAGCGGAAUUGUCUGAAACGACGAUAGAGGCUUCUGAAAAAACGGGAACGGCGCAACAGACGAAUGUUACGGAACGUUCAAAGACGUUGGAAACUACCAGUGAAGCUGAAGUAUCUGCGAGUUCCGGGGAUUUAGAGCAUUUAGAGGAAUCGCUUAAGAAUAAUGCAUAAAAUAAGGAAAAUUCCAACGGCAGACUAAUGAAUAAAUUCUUCAAACGAGGACUAUCGAGAGCAAAGUUGACGAUCAUGAUUAAAGAGUAUUAGAAAGUAACUCGUACCUUAUUGUUGAAUAUCCAGGUACUGUUGUAUAAUAUAGCUCCACAGUCAUGUUCCGGUUAUUCAAAUCAGAUGAAAUAAAGAGUAAUUUUCCCUGUAUCUUAUGAUUCAUUAAUUCCUCACCUUUGUAACUAUUAAUUUUCCUUUUGAUUUUUCAAUAGGUUGACGUAGCUCGAAGAGUUUAAACUGUACAGGUUUUCUCAACGAAUCGUUCGACCGUGGAUGUUGGUGUAAAUUCAUAUUUUUUAUAAAUACCUAUCUAUAAUUACAGAAGUAGGAUCAGAAACUUAUUUCAUCCGCUAGAUACUAUAACAAGUACUUUACGUAUUUUACGUAUUUUUCCAUAUUGCGUGUAUUUUACGAUAUUCGGAUAUUUCGUUCGUCAAAACAGAGAUCGAUCGCAAGUGCGUUUAAUCCGAUGCGUAUGGCGAUCGGUUGCGAUAUCAACGAGAAAUUCCAUCCUUUUGAAAGGUUUUCGUGAUAGAUUCGAACCGGUUGGUUCCCAUCGACGAACACGGAGCUGGGUUCCGCCGCCGCUUCGCGGUUCAGCGACAGAAGAAGAGCCGACGGAAUCGCGUUUUUUGAUAGAUCAGCAACAGCCUCUCACGGCCGAGGUCCCACGAACCAGCUGAGCACACGGAUCGGUCGGAAUGCCGAAAUAGCAAAUUAGGGGAUUCCAGGAGAUCUACCCUCUCUCUUCCACUUAUUUCUUGCUUCCUUCUUACUCUCGUUUACAUGCUUUUGCUCUUGUCCGCCCUGAACACCACGCGGAUCUGCUUCUGCCGCUUCGUCUCGGCUCUUCCGACAAACUUAAUCUAGCAAUGAUCUAUCGUUUCAUCGAGAAUUGCAUCGCUAGAUUAUCACGACCGGAUGAUUGCUUUCGUGUUCGUAUAAUUUUAUUCGAUUCGAUUUGCCUGAUCUUCGAAGAAAUGGAAUUUUAACGUUUCAACGUUACGUGUUGAUCGAUUGAUCUUAUUAUUUUGAUGUCAUCGAGUAUUUGAAGGAAAUUGGGUUUGGAUCAGAAAAAUAGAAGGAAUGCUGCGAGACUACGUAAGGUUACUAGGUAACAUAGGACUAGGUAAGAUUUAGAAAAUCGAAGGAUUUUGUAUCUGUUUUUUAAUGAGAACGAAGAUUCGAAAUAGAAAAAUGGACAGAUCGUUUGUCGAUGUUUCUCUUCUUCUUACAGUUCCUGGAUACGUGGCGUUGUUUUUUUUCUCUCUCCCGAGGGAAUUUUUUCUUCUUCGAAAGAAAUAAUUUAUUCGCGAAUUAAUACCGUAGUUAUUGUGAAAUUAUUUCUCAAGCACUGUAUCAGUGUCAGCUAAUAGAAGGCGACAUUUGCGCUUCAAGCGACAGUAAUGCUACAGAUUUCCACAUCGAAGAAGAUUGCACAACAGGUAUGCAACAACCACUUCAAAGAUCCAUAUUUAACACAAUGGCUACAUAAGUGCAUUUCAAGUUUAAUCCCUACGGCACAGUUAUGCCGCGUUCGUGCGUUGAAUCCGUAACUAUUUAACCUGGUUGUUGCAUCGUUACACUGGAUGCUCGUUAACAAAAACUACUUGUGUCUUUUUCAUUAGCAAAUUAUACUUCACAGCAUAGAGCAUGAUCUCCGGUCCGUCUCCGCUUAAUUGCAUUAUCUCAGUUCAGGUUAAAAUAAUCGAAGCGCUAAUGGAACAGAUCUUUAGUCUCACGAAUUCACGGAAUUUUUCAUGUUUUUAACCGGACUCUGAUCAUUCGCUGUCUUCGCUGUUAAAUACAAAUUUCAAGCUAUCGCACGAUUUAUUCGCAGACGUGCAACAAACAAUUUUAUGUCCUUGAAUCAUUGAUACAACGUGUAGCGGCAUAUGCGUCAUAGGACGUUUCAUAGUUGUUUACCACAGAGGAUUAACACUGUACGACGCACGUAAUGUAAUAAACAAACUCUGAACAAAGCAAUUUCGCUGCUACGUACAACCUACAACCGGCGACAAGUUCAAACCUUCCGGUACCUCCCCUCGACUAGUAUAAAUAGACGACCAUGUUCUCCAAAAGUCAGUCAAUCGAGCGAAUAAGUAUAACGAGUGAGUCUAGCGAAUCAGCAUAAUUAGCAUCAGUGUCGCAGUAUCGCGCAAUCUUACAACGAAUAUCGUCGAGUGAGAAACGCUUACGAUUAACUUUUUUACGUUUUAAAAUAUCUGUAAAUAUAGUUGACUAAAUUAACUCGUCUCGUUAUUAAUUUAACCAACAACGCGUCUCACCGUCCACCACCGAUCGGGGUGCGGCUGAUGCAUUGUUCGAGUGGCCACGUGCAGGAUGACUACCCCGCGAGGAAACGUUUGAUCGUCCAACCGGCAUAGGAAGAGAGAGAGAGAGAGAGAGAGAGAGAGAGACGAUAGGAGAGAAAAUAGAAAAAAAAGGACGCACGUCGUGUCACACUUGUCGAGGGUUAUUGGAUUUGGAACAGGCUAUGGGGUGUUCUGCACGGACCUGCCGCGUUACACGGCAGAUUAGGCGGCGGAUACGAGGCGAUUCACCACGGAUCCUCUGUUAUAUACGGGACGUAUGGUGUAUUUGGUACUGUACGAGACUUUCGAGUGCAUAUUGCGUUGACGAGGAAGUGCAACUCGACGUUGCGUUAACGCGUUAACAAGUGGAGAGGAGUUAAGUGGAGUUGGCGCGAAAAUUUCUGAAAUAUUUCCUUUUUAGAAACCUCGACUUCCAUCGCCGCUGAAAUCCGCGAAACCCAGCACACCUGUGUCCAAUCUCCUUCGAAACAUCCGUCGUAUCUAUCGACUCGUCUCGAUCCGAUCGUCGAUCUCCUUAGUCGGCAGAAAAAUUCGAAGCGCGGUUUUCAAUCAGCUCACGGAUUUGCCCGGAGCAACUGGGCGCGAGAAAAUUCUGAAGCGGAGGAGGUCGGUAGUUCGUCUCUUCUUGGAGGCUCGGCUCGGCAAAUUAAGCUUCCCAAAACACCGCGAAACUGUUAAUUAAGACUCAUUAUGCGCACGGCCUGGCUGAGCCCGUGCGGGUUUGGGGUUGGAAGCGGCGAAAGGGUGGCGAACCGAGCUACCUACGGACGCGACAGAGGCAGACAAACGGGCAGACGGAGCAGGCGGCCAACCGACGACAGACAGAGAAAGACAGGCACGGACAAGGGGUGAAGCGAGACGAAAAGAAGAAGGUAAAGGUGAGAUGGAAAGAGACACGGUACGUAGGUAGUAGCUCUGGUCGAGGCAGAGCCAAGAGGAGAGGGAGAGCGAGGUCUGCGACGAGCCGAAGCAAGAGAAAGAGGCGUUGGAGGUGGCGGUGAAGGAGGAGGGGGAUGGUUUAACCCGAGUAGGAACUUCUUAAUACCGCGACAGCAGUCGGGUUCAUUGUGGGAUCAAUACAGAGACGACCAGGCGUAGGAGUGGCAACCGUUGCCUCAUUGGACGUGGCGUUCCCGCAUGGUGAUUGGCCGGCCGUGGAACUACCAGGAGGCGUUUCCUUUGCCGUUAGCCCCUCUGUCGGGGUGAACGAAAGAGGGAGGCCAGGUCCUGACCCUCGCCAGGAAGGAGAGAACACGCGGCAAGCGAAAAAGACGGAGCGCCGCGGCGCGACCAGUUGGAAAAAGACGGCCGACCGGUCUACGGUGAGGGUGACACGACGCCGGGGGGUUCAGUCUGUGUUCGCCCAUCAGAGACACAUCACCAGCUACGAUACGGUCCGGUUACGUCUCUCUUCGUCGCGAGGGUAGCUCCUUGCAGCCAGGUGUUUCGUGCCGAGAUAAUCGAAAUCUUUUCCUCUGUCCACGCAUCCAAGCUACCUUCCACUUGAUGCGCGCGUUUCAACGUUUACGGUGAUUCGAGUGCCGACGAACGACAGUUUGACGUUACGCCACGGGAUUACGAUUGGAUGGAACAUAAAUUUUGAGAUAGUUUCGACGGAGAACAGGUGUUUGGAGUACUUUCGAACGGAUCUCAUUGAAAUUUGUAGUUGCGGUUUCGUGAUUUAAUCCUUGGAUCCUUAUCGAACGAUUACCGUUGAAAAGAGAAGAAUUUCAAAGGUAUUGGGAUAAAGAUUGGUUCGAUCGUCGAGAAGAUUUGGACGACGAAGGCAACGUUUACGUCGUGAAUAUUCGGUCGCUGGAAAAAGCGAUACGAAAGUAACAAAAGUCGAAGCUUAUCGUUGAUUUCUCGUUCGAGGGAACGACACGUGGAUUCGAAGGACUCGCUACGAUACAAACAUUUUUACCUUCCAAUUCAACCGCGCUCCGUGUCGUUACACGCAUACGCAUACACACACACACACACACAUACAUCUACUACUACUAUCGCCACCACCACCACCACCACCACCACCACCACCACCAUUGUUAUUACAAAA